GUGAUUUCCCGCGAAGCGGAGCUUUUCUUCCGGAGAGGGGUUUAAAUGGCGCUACGAAAACCGGCGAUGGCGGAGAUUCUCUGAGCUGAUAAAAGUGCCAACGACGACUGCGUUAUUGUGCGAUUUAAAACUGACGGACAACUGACAGACAACAUGGGCGAAGUGUGCGUGUGCUCGUCGUGGACGUUCAGACCGGUGUUGCCGGUGGUGGUCGUCAUCGUGGCGCUGCUGAGCUGCACGGCGCGCUGUACAGAGAGUCCCGCAGCUGCCGGGAGCCUCUACCCCCGCGGCAACCACUGGGCAGUGGGGCAUUUGAUGGGAAAGAAGAGCAUUGAGGGUUUGCCUGGAGUGCAGGACAACAAGCAUGACAGUGACUACUCGUCACCCUCAGAACGAGGGGGCAGGUUGCCCGCUGGACUCGAGCAUCCGAUGAAGUCAGCGGAGACUUUUCUCAGGGCGCUGGUUCAUCCGGAGCAGAAAAGGCAGAUGCUACUCGCUGCAGAUAGGCUGUUUUUUUCUCAGGGGCAGGCGGAGAGAGGAGGGAAGAGACAACUGCUUCGAAGAGAUGUAAGGUGUCAGCUGGCCCUGAACGACAAUGGCUGCAGCUGAAUACAAUACACUAGACUCUGAUGCACCGCCAGUCCUUUAAUUUGAACACCGUUAUCUACAGCACCAUACACUGUACAUUCCAACAAGUGUACUUAAAAAAUAAAUUAAAAUUAAAUUAUUGACCCAAUUAAGUUCAUUUAAUUACUUUUCCCAAGGUAAUCGGUUUCCUUUUUCUUUUAAGUAAACUUAACUUGUUAGAUUUACAGUGUACCAACUAUAAUCACGUCACAUUGUUUUAUUCACUGUCUUAUCAUAUUUACAAUAAUCUGAGUUUAUUUAUUAUUGUAUCUUAUUCUUGAACAGUUUUGAAACCUAACCAAAUGUUAGCUCAUAGUUCAUCAAUAAUUCCCAGAUUUUUUUUUCAAUGUUAAUCCAAAUAUAGUACAUUGUUUGAGUACAUAUCAACAAAUUUCUGU